UAAAGCCACCGUAUCAGUAUUCCCAUCCCAUUCCUCUCUUCCUCUUCACUUCUUUCUCUUCACCCAACCCAACCUUCUCUGCUCUCUUCUCUCUGCUCUCUUCAUCCACCACCUACGCAACACAAUGGAAUCCACGCACACCCAAACGACGUCGGUUUGGACGGACGAGAAGCACCUUCACUUCCUCAACACCAUGGAAGCCUCCUUCGUCCGCACAAUGCUCCACCACUACGCCGUCCUUUCCUCCCACUCUCCUCUCCGCCUCGACCGCUACCUCCCCGACACCUCCGAAUCCACCUUGGAUUCCAAGCCCAAUCGGAGGCCCAAGAAACAUGCUUCUGCACCCCCAGAUUCAAUGGGUCCUACUCCCAGGGGCAGAAGAUCGAAGAGGAGAUCGUCUCAUUCCCACCCUCACCUACACAGAUCCUUGGUGGAGCAGGCCGUAGCAGAACUAGAAAAUGGAAGAGAAAGUGGUGGUCCCGUCGUUGUAGGAGAGGAUGAUGCAAAACCAAUAAAUAAUGUUUAGGGGUACCUAAUCUCACAGCACACAAAGAUUCAUGGAUUUUCUUUUUUCUUUAUAUUAUAUAUUUUUUCUCUCACUCUGCUUUCUAAUUUUUCUCUUGUUUUAACUUCUAUUCAAGUUAUAGUGUAUUUUUAUUUCUAAGGAUUAUAUUAAAAAGAUAUUAUUGUGAUAAGAGGAUAUUAAAUACAUAAAAGUCCCUUAUGCAUCAA